UAAAUAUUUCUGUUUUCUAAUUUCUUUUUUGUAUUUGUUUUUUUUUCUUCAAUUUUUUAGUUUAUUCAUAAUUAGUUCAAUUUUUACGUUUGAUUUAUGGGAAAUGUUCUCAGAAAUUGUAAACACUUUACUUUUUUUUUAAUGAUAAAAUGACGUUGAAAUGGACAUCAACCCACCAACGAAUAGACUGUCAGUGGAUAGCUCCAAAGGACAUUUGGUUAUUAAACGAUUGGAUUCAAUCAGAAAUCUUUUCGGUUGUGAAUUACGCAUUACUGAAGACAACGACGACAAAUGUACAUUUACUGUCAAUCCAUUAGAUGAGUACAGGAUAGUAAACAAUGAUUUGAUCAGCAGACUAAAAUGCUACGUUGAUUCGCUAAACGAUCUACAACAAGGCUUGGGAGAAUGCAGCAACGACGACUCGAGUUAUGACUCGGAUUUUGGCGGCGACGAAGACACGGCCAGCACGAAUUUCAGUCAUCACGACAUAAGUCGAACCACGUCCGAUACGUUGGGCGCAGAAUAUGCAGACUAUAUUAGCGCUCCAGCGUACAAGUCCAGAGUCGACUUUGCGCUUAAACUCGGAUACACCGAACGGUUAGUCCAAGCAGCUCUAAACAAGUUAGGCGCCGAACCUACACAAGACCAACUACUGGCCGAACUGAUUAAACUCGGCGCUCAGUGCGGUCAUAAGUUGCACGGCGAUUCUGAUGGAGACGAAGCGCAGUGUCUCGGUGCCAACGAUCAAUGCGCGCAAGCACCUAAGCUCCGGCACAUUGUCAUUGACGGAAGCAAUGUCGCCAUGAGCCACGGUAACAAAGAAAUGUUUUCGUGUCGAGGUAUUAAAAUUUGCGUCGAUUGGUUCCGAAUGCGAGGUCAUACGGACAUAACAGUUUUCGUGCCUAAAUGGCGGAAAGAAGCGUCAAGACCCGACAAUAGAAUUAUUGAUCAAGAAACAUUGAUAGAGCUAGAACGUGCGAGAAUGUUAGUGUUUACGCCGUCCAGGGAAAUAGGCGGUAAACGAAUGGUGUGUUACGACGACCGUUACAUACUGCGAUUGGCCGCCGAGUUAGACGGCGUUGUGGUUUCCAACGACAACUACAGAGACCUAGCAAACGAGAGUCCGGCGUUCCGUUCGGUCGUCCAAAACAAUAUACUGAUGUACUCGUUUGUGAACGACAGAUUUAUGCCCCCGGACGACCCGCUAGGUCGUUCCGGUCCGACGCUGGACGUGUUCCUACGUAGUAAAGCUCCGGGAGUCGGCCUGAACGCCGUCAGUAGCGAGACGUGUCCUUACGGCAAAAAAUGCACUUACGGCAAUAAGUGCAAGUUCAGCCAUCCCGAGAGAGGACACCAGCCCGUGAAAUCGGUUACCGAACGGUUAAUAGAGCACGCCCAACGGCAGUCGUCAGCGGCCAGCCGCCAAAUCAAAGGCAAGUCUGUGAGCUUACCACUGCAGUCUGGAAACAUUUCCAAGAAGCCCCUCACCCGUACCAGGUCCAAUAUCCCAGCCGCCUCCAACUAUCCGCAACAGUCUUGGGGUAUGUGGGCCCCCAACACUUAUUUGGAAACCGAAACCGAAUCCGAGAACCUGCACGGUAAACUCCAGAGGCAACUGACGUUGAACCCGACGUAUGAUCCGCGGUUGCAACACUUACGGGAAAGCCAACAUUGCAACGUGACUAGAAUAGCGUCUGCUCCGUCGGUACAAGCUCCGAUGGCCACAUCGCAACCGGUGGGCGCUAGCUGUUCGGACCCACAAAUAUUUCCUAGUUACCAAGAAGCCAGACAGAAGUUGUAUUAUCAUUUGGCUUCGAUAUUCCCCGAAGAACAAGUGUCCACGGCUAUGCAAUAUUAUCCAAACGAGACUAAUCCUCAAAAAAUUUGUGCCGCCAUAUUGAACAUGUUUUCGAAAACGUGACCAACCAUUUAUUUAUAAUUUAUGUAUGUUAUUAUUAUGUGAGAUUUUGUCUAAUUAAAUUAGCAUUUAUUGACAAGACAACGGCAUUGAUACAAUGUAUCUGUUAUGUACUUUGUAAUGUACUUUGUUGAUUUAUUUUUAAAUCAUGUAUUAUUAUGUUGACUACAUUGAUUGUGUAAUUUUAGCUUGAAUAAUUGCUAUAAUUGUUUUUUUCUUGUAUAUUUGGUAACCUCUUGAAUUUUUUUUU